GUCAGAAGCAAAAUUUGGAUGAAGUGAUCUAACUAAGUUGCCGUCAUGAGCAGAAGCAAGCGUGACAACAAUUUCUACAGUGUUGAAAUUGGAGACUCUACUUUCACUGUAUUGAAACGGUAUCAAAACUUAAAACCAAUAGGAUCAGGAGCACAAGGGAUAGUAUGUGCAGCUUAUGAUGCCAUCCUUGAACGAAAUGUUGCAAUAAAGAAGUUAAGCCGACCAUUUCAGAACCAAACCCAUGCUAAAAGAGCCUACAGAGAGCUUGUUCUUAUGAAGUGUGUUAAUCACAAAAAUAUAAUCGGCCUACUGAAUGUGUUCACACCACAAAAAUCCUUGGAAGAAUUUCAAGACGUCUACAUAGUGAUGGAGCUCAUGGAUGCAAAUCUCUGCCAAGUGAUUCAGAUGGAGCUAGACCAUGAACGAAUGUCCUAUCUUCUUUAUCAAAUGCUGUGUGGUAUCAAACAUCUUCAUUCAGCUGGAAUUAUACAUAGGGAUUUAAAGCCCAGUAAUAUAGUAGUAAAGUCAGACUGCACUUUGAAGAUUCUUGACUUUGGACUGGCCAGAACUGCAGGAACUAGUUUUAUGAUGACGCCUUAUGUAGUGACUCGUUACUACAGAGCACCAGAGGUCAUCCUAGGGAUGGGAUACAAAGAAAACGUUGACAUUUGGUCAGUUGGGUGCAUCAUGGGAGAAAUGAUCAAAGGUGGUGUUUUAUUUCCUGGUACAGAUCAUAUUGAUCAAUGGAAUAAAGUUAUAGAGCAGCUAGGAACACCAUGCCCUGAAUUUAUGAAGAAAUUACAGCCUACAGUCCGAACUUACGUGGAGAACAGACCUAAAUAUGCUGGAUAUAGUUUUGAAAAACUCUUUCCAGAUGUCCUUUUCCCAGCUGACUCUGAACACAAUAAGCUUAAAGCAAGUCAAGCAAGGGAUUUGUUAUCAAAAAUGCUGGUUAUAGAUGCUUCUAAAAGAAUCUCUGUGGAUGAAGCCCUGCAGCACCCAUACAUCAAUGUUUGGUAUGAUCCAUCAGAAGCAGAAGCUCCACCACCAAAGAUACCAGAUAAGCAAUUAGAUGAGAGGGAGCACACGAUAGAAGAAUGGAAAGAGUUGAUAUACAAGGAAGUGAUGGACCUGGAGGAGAGAACCAAGAAUGGGGUUAUACGUGGACAACCAGCCCCUUUAGCACAGGUGCAGCAAUGAUCAAUGGCUCUCAACAUCCAUCUUCAUCGUCAUCUGUCAAUGAUGUGUCUUCAAUGUCAACAGAUCCAACAUUGGCCUCUGAUACAGACAGCAGUCUAGAAACCUCAGCUGGACCUCUGGGUUGCUGUAGAUGACUACUUGGUCUUUUGGGGGGUGGGAGGGGGGUCCUUUUAGUCAUUAAUAGGGCACCUUUAAAAUUUGGUGGUAUUUUUGAGUGUUUUUUCAAAAAUAAUCGUAGAAUUCAUCAUAAAGUGCUGUAAUUUUAAACUGUAAGUUGUGUUAAAAGCAGCCACUUUUUUUGCUGUAAUUAACUGUAAAAUAUUAAACCUUGUAAUUUUUAUUGUGGUUUUAAAAUCUGCAUAUUUGCUUUACUAUUAUGCUGCUGAUCUUUUUUUACUGAAUUUGUAAGAUUUGCUUUAUCAAAGCACAUAUUAAUGUUGUGGUCAUUACCAUAUGAUGAAUUAUUUAAGAUUUUAUAGGUUUUCAAUUUUUUAAUUAGAAUUUAUUCCAGAUGUUUUGUUCAUGAUAUCCUUCAAAGUUUUAUGCUUGGUCAUAUGUCCAUGUCCUGGUGGAGGGGGAGAGAAUUCAGUGCAGCCAGCUGUAGUUUUAGGCAUACUACUGUGGUGCUGGCAGUGAACAAAAUCCUCUUUUAUUUUGGCCAUUUGCCUAUAAUACUUCAGCAAAAGCAACAAUUGGUGAUUUUUGGUUUUAGAGAAACAGUGUACAAUCCUUUGCAAAGUAACCUCAUCUGAAUGGUUUUAUGAACUUAAGGGAGCAAAGCAUAUCUUCAAAGCUGCAGAAAUAUCUAGCCUAACAAAGUAAAGCGAUGUUUUCUGCAGAGUUGUGGCAUGCCAAAUCUUGUGAUCACCAUAAAACACGAGGAUACUUCAUGAAUAAUACAUUGCAAUGCAAAUAAACUGUUUACUUCUA